AGUUUUUGCAGUGGAAUUGGUCAGCGGAACAACCACUCUCAUAUUUCCUGACAAAGUUGGGAUAUUUAGAAUAUUUAUAACUAUUACAGCCAACUUGUGUAAAAAAAAAAAAAAGAGAGUCAGAAGCAGCUGAGAGAGUCUGAUCAACACAUGACGUGUCUGCACUAAAACCUGGAAUCCAUUAAUGAGAAAAUGUGUAAAACAGUAACUUUGGACACAUGGAUCAUUCACAGUGUUGGUUUUCUCCAUGAGCUACAACUGCCUGACUCCAGAUCCUCAGUUUCACUGUUCCACAAGUGUAGAGCUGGAGCGUGAUGGUUUCUGCGAGAACCCCUUUUUCCAGUGUCUUGUUGCCGAAGUUCCCGAGGAGCACAAAUCAAAAGAAGGGUUUACAGUUGUGGGAUAUGCUCUCUACUUCUACACCUACAGUACUUGGAAAGGUCGGUCAAUAUUUUUAGAGGAUCUCUACGUGAUGCCAGAAUUUCGAGGAAACGGCAUUGGCAAAGGGUUACUUUGCAAAGUUGCUGAGGUGGGGAAAAAAAAGGAGUGUGUGCGGCUGCAGCUGUCUGUGCUGGACUGGAAUACCCCCUCCCGAGAUUUUUAUGCGGCUAAAGGAGCUCAGGAUCUCACUGUAAGCGAAGGCUGGCACGCCAUACGCUUCGAUGGACAAAGCCUGGACAAUUUAGCAAACGAAGCUGCUAAAAUCUAAACAGUUUAUGGCAACACUUUUCUGUAAUCCUUCCUAAUACUGUUUAAUUCCUUUGUAUAAAUGAUAAACAUUUGACUUAAACAUUUUUAAUGACUUGGGUUUUGCACACUUCAACCUUCUUUUAUUUAUUUUUUGUUCAAAUCCCUUUCUACAAAUUAUUUUUUCAUUUUUUAAAUCUAUUGUAAAAAAAAAAGCUGAGCUAUUAUUCAGGGAAUAACUUUAACCUGUAAAUCCUUUGUGACGUGUAAUGCUCGAGCUGUCCUGCAGGUGGCACCAGACAACAGCUUCAGUCGUCUCUUCAAAUAUCUUGUCAAAUUUAAGGAUUGUUUAGUUUUAAAGACGGAUUUUUAACUUACUUGCCUGUUGAUUCCAUCAGUAACAUAGUGAGGUAUUUACGUUUUUCCUUAAACCUACAUUAAAUAUUCAGAUUUGCAAUGAGGACAGAAACAUUAAAUCUCUCUGUAAUCCUUUCAAUUUUGUGCUGUAUAUUAGUGUAAAUAAUAUGCUGAAAACAGAAGAACACAUAAUGUUUGUCAAACGGAAAAUAAAAAAUAAAAGGUUUUCUUGUUUUUUAUAA